UGUCAAUGACUAUGGAUCGCAACACGAAUCUUUUUUAUCAUCUUGCCGAACGCGUUAGCAUUACUUAUGGCCGAUUGAUAAGUGACACUGAGCAUAAAGAUUCCGAUGAUUAUGAACUACAGUUGAAAAUCAUGGGCGUCGCACUUUCACCUUAUGCCUCGACGGGGGCCGAGCCGCUUUUACGCCAAGCGGUCGCUCCACCAGUGGUUAUACUUCUACUUAUUUGCUACGUUCUUUGUUCUCUCUUUCGGCGGUAUCUGCACGAGAGCUGGGUACUGUUGCGCAGAAGCAACUACGUGAAGUGGAAGGCGUUUGACUUCUUCCAAGAGAUUCUCUAUUUUCGGCCGUUCGCUAGUCUCGACACGAUUUUUUCGCUCGAUGGCUGCGAUGCAGCGACAUUGUCGAGACGAAAGAUCGGGUACGAAAAGCUGGAGAAGGCUUUGGAACAGUGGUCGGUGUACCACUGCAAGAAUGAGCAGCUCGUUGACUGCAGAUUCAAGAAGGUCAAGGUUCUCUUUCCGCUAUUGAAGGAGUUGGAGCGGCCUUACCCCAACCGGGUGGAGUCGGUCGAUGACGAUGGGUGCACAGUCACCGUCUCCGCUGGAGGUCAGGACGAGGGCAUCAAGCAGACGGCGAAGAUGCUGUAUCUCAGUCUAGACGCGGUUCGUGUUUUCGACCGCGAAUUCUACGAGAAGCUCCACCAGGAGGCGGCCGCGCAGCUAGCAAGUUCUCCGGUCAGUGCCUUGUCGCUGACGCAGAACGCCGAGAUGGAAAAGAACAUGUCUCUCCUGGCGAGGCUAACUGGAAUGCAGAAGUUUCGCUACUCUUUGAGCGGGAGCGAAGCCGUCGACGCUUGCGUGAAGGACGUGCGGUUGAGUACGGGCAAGAAGUACAUAGUAAGGUUCCAAGCUGCGUACCACGGACACACGAGUGGCGUGGACUCGCUCUCUGCUCUCGGGGAGAAUCACAAAUUCAUCUACUUGAAGGAGAUGGAGGAGGCCAGCCUCCUCUUUUUAGAGGAGUACCAUUACCUCAUUGCCGGCGUGAUCAUAAAUCCGAUGAUGUUUUUCACGGGGCCUAAUGCAAUGUCACCACCAGGAGAGAAGAUGACCAUCGGCAGACGCGAUCGAAAGCUCCCGUCAAAGCAGGAGUACGCAAGAUGGCUCCACAGUCUAAAUGACAAAUGCCGCUACUGGUACUUACUAGGUUCAUAGGCAUCAUCAACAUGUUUGCACUUCAUGUUGCCAUUCCAACAUUUUGCGCACGCAUUUCCGACUUGAUUCGUAGAAGAAAACGACUUUCACUUUCUGCUUCACUUACGACGAAAGUAUAAUCGAUCUAUUACCAAUUAUCACAUCAUCCUCUACGCGCAUACGAACAUCACCAUUUAUUUCUGCUCAGCACGAAGUAUUUGACACCUUUGGCUUUCGUGCUUGACGAUGUUUAUUUCGGAUUCCGAGUGCCGGAAUUGUUUAGCUUUCAAUUUUUCCGGCACCCCGAAAGCGAAAAGCCGCUGGACCCAGAUCAGAUCGUUCUCGGCAAAGGCGUGGCAGGUGGUUUGCCUCUCUCUGUGGUGUGCGGUAAGCGGGCAUUCGCGAUGAACUACGAUCCCGACUACUUGUUGAAGUUGAACAAGGUGGUUGGUACCCUUUCUGCGUAUGCAGCUGGCGUGAUUGCUUCAAAUAUCUUUUUGGAGAAGUUCGUCGUCGAUACCGCUGCGGGCGCCUUAUCACCGAGUGCCAGCACGAGCGCCUCUGAAACGGAAGGAACGACUAACAGCAGUGAUGCGUCUCCCGUUAGAGUGGCUAAGGUGGAGGAGAAUAUCCGGAACUCUCUGGGGAUCGAGGAGACAGCGCGCCCCGAAAUAGUACGAACAGAAGCGACUGAGGCACUCCGGCGUGCAAACGGGAUAUUUGAUGAUUUUUCAGGGAAUGUAAACGUUUCGUUUCGCCAACAAUCGCUCCCGCUUCGGCUGAGGAACCAUGGGAACACCUUCACUGUCGACUUCCUCAACAACUCGCUCUACAAUAGCAUGUACGUCCAGCACUUGAUAGCCGAGGGAGUUUUUGUAACCAAUCAGGCAACAGGGAAGUUUAACCUCUUGAUGGAUUGGACGAAGUUAGAGCACGAGGACAAGUUUUUGCAGUUGCUUAACGCUUUUGUAUCUGCCGGUAGGCGGAUGGAGGAGGGCGGGUUCUUCGUGGAAAAGAGAAAGAUGCGCUGGGGCUUCCUGGGUUGCAAAUUCUUAGGUUCGUAUCUGAGGAUCUGUUACGACCAAAUAAUGGAGGACAAGCGGAUAGAUAUUGAGGUACUAAUGAUUUGUCGCUGACAGUUUGGCUUUGGUAAAACGAUGGAUUGUCAGAGACGUGGCUAUGAUGAUGCUACCUCCUUUGCUCCUAAGCUUUCUAGAGCAUGGGCACAAAGCCUCUUAACAGAGUAUGGUCAAACGAAGUCCAUAAUUCGUUCCAUCUCAGCCUUACGUAAGAUUUUAUUCUGCAUGCACCAGGUAUCCCAUAACCAUCCGGUGAACAAGUUUACACACUUCUGGAGCUCCGUGUUUAUGAUUCUGUUUGCGUACACUUACAUCGGCUGGUUUGGUUGGUACAUGGAAGGCUUCGUCGUUUUUCUCAUCACCCAUGUAUUGCGACAGGCAGGGCACUUCUUCUACGAGAAGCAGGAUCGCAACUACGAGAAACUGAAAUUUGGCCAUAAAGAUGGGUCCAAGAAGAUGGCUGCGGUCGGGAUCGGGCUCGCAAUCUACGUUUUCCUCAAUCUGCGCUCCAUUGUUGUGAGCACGAACACGUACUUAGCAACCUGCGCCAAGUUUGUGUGGCUGUAUCGUUUUGCUUUCCUGCCCGUCAUGAUGGAAACGCUUGGCUACUGGGGAGGCGUAGCGGCAACGCCGACAGUGUAUGCGGAUUUGGACAAGCGAGUGCGCCAGCCUACGAACCACAGCAGUGAGCAACAAUUAAGGGCAGCAUUUUCCACCUUCUGAGUGCCUUUGUUGUAUAGUAUACCACAUCAACUCAAUAAUACUAGUAUCAUUUACUUUAGAAAGUAUCAUUUACUUUAGAAAGUAGGUGAAAGAAGAUCAAUCCCUGGGUGGAGUUCAUGAAAAGAAACAAGCUUGCAACUCUCGUGCUUUUCGUAGAUGAGGUGGAUGGAAACACAUGUGCAAAAUGCACGUAGUACCAUUACGCAGACAAAUUUUUGUGAUUGUUAAUUGACGACUUUAUCUAGGCAAGGACAACAAGACAAUCUUCUUCUUCGUCUGCUUCGUUCCAGCUCUAAUAAAACACUUCAGUUUCGUGAACCUGACCGAUGAACAGUUCGUGGUGAUAUCUGGGCUUUUUACGAUUGUACCGCACUUUGCUGACAUUGUGCAUGAAUUCGGUUGGGUCCGUGGAUGGGAGUGGUUCUUGAAGAUUUUGACGGAUCCGUUCACGGAUCUUUUAGACUUCUAUCAACACUGGAUCAUCCAUCCGCGAGAAUUCUUGGAUUUGAAAAAGCAGUUCGGGGUUUACGAGUUAGAUUACGAAACGAAGGCAGUCAAGGAUGUGGAGGAGCAACAUCAACAAGUUGAUGCAGUAAAGAACAUCGCGAAGAAGCUAAACUAA